AGCUGAUUUCUUUGGAUGACAGACGAUUUUUCAUAGUGUAAAAAGUGAGUUUGGUGUUUUGUAAAGAAUUUAUUGUUAAUUCAUCAAGUAAAAUGGAGUGUUCAAUUGGUAUUCAAUUUAAAGAUUUUGUACUAGUAGCUGCGGAUAUGACAAAUACAAUGUCCAUUGUUGUAUUAAAAAGCGACGAAAAAAAAAUUCACAAGAUUUCGGAUAAGGUUGUGAUGGCAGUUUCGGGAGAAGCUGGAGAUGCAAUUCAAUUUUCCGAAUACAUUAGUAAAAAUAUGCAGCUUUAUAAAAUGCGAAAUGGAUAUGAAUUAUCGCCAAAAGCUGUAGCCAGUUACACUCGUAGAAAUCUUGCGGAUUAUUUAAGAUCUCGCACGCCAUAUCAUGUGAAUCUUUUGUUAGCUGGUCAUGACGAUGAAACUGGUCCAGAACUUUAUUUCAUAGAUUAUUUAGCGUCAUGUAUAAAAGUUCCUUAUGCAUCACACGGCUAUGGUGGAUUCUUUUCUCUUACCAUCCUUGACAGGCUUUACGAUCCUUCAAUGUCAGAAGCUGAAGCCUAUGAGCUAAUGAAAACAUGCGUUCGUGAAAUUCAUAAGCGAUUAAUUGUAAAUUUACCAAAUUUUAAAGUACAAAAAAUAUCCAAGGAUGGAAUCACGGAAAUGGCACCAAUAAUGGCACAGAAUCUAGCAGUCGAGAAUGCAGCAAAAGCUUAAUUAAUAACGUCUCAAUAUUUUCUACAUAAAAAACAAAACAUAUUUGUUUUUUUUAUUAUAUAAUUUCAAUAAAAAUAAGAAAGUUGAUAAA